GAAACCCGUUGCACACUCUUUUGCUGCUUUAGGGGCCACAACUCAUCACCGAGCACAUCUUCCAGACAGUACACACUACACACACUACAUACUGCCGCAGCGGACCACAGAGGACCGAGCAAACGAGCAGAAACAUUCAGAUCAUUUGGAGACACGAAAGCCAAACAGUAGAACCAUGUUUGGAUGCUGGAUUACCUCUUUUCUCUUUCUGUCGGCAACCACUGAGUUUUUUGUGGUGGUCCUCUCAGAGAACAACACUGAAGGUACGGCACAGAAGAAUACCCUAGAAAUGGGCUUCACUCGUCACAAUAUUUUGACCGCCCAAUUUGAAUGUUUCCAGAAGAUUAUGAAAGACACUAAUCACAACAGAACAGAUGGUUCUAUGUGUAAACGGACCUGGGAUGGAUGGAUGUGCUGGGACGAUUUGGAAGCAGGAUUCACUUCAGCACAGCAUUGUCCAGACUACUACGAUGACUUUGACACCUCAGAAAUGGCGAUAAAGAUUUGUACUAAAUCAGGCCAUUGGUUCGUUCACCCAGAGAGUAACAGAACAUGGACAAAUUACACGGGCUGUAAACAUAUGUCUAGUGAUCCCAAAAGGACACCACUUGAUCUCUACUACUUGGCUUUGAUUGGUCAUGGAUUGUCGCUGAUAUCUUUGUUUACUUCUCUGGGGAUAUUUUUCUAUUUCAAGAGCUUAAGUUGUCAAAGGAUAACUCUACACAAGAAUCUGUUCUUCUCUUUUGUGUUGAACUCGGUUAUAACCAUCAUCUUUUUCACUUGUGUUGCAAACAAUCAAGAAGUAACACAAGCCAACCCAGUGAGCUGUAAAGUGUCUGUGUUCAUCCACCAUUAUCUCCUGGGCUGUAACUACUUCUGGAUGUUGUGUGAGGGAAUCUACCUGCACACACUCAUUGUGGUGGCAGUGUUUGCUGAGAAGCAGCACCUCAUGUGGUAUUACCUCCUAGGAUGGGGAUUCCCGUUAAUACCUGCAUUUAUCCAUGCAAUAUCCCGAAGUUAUUACUACAAUGACAACUGUUGGAUAAGCUCGAACACUUCUUUGCUCUACAUUAUUCAUGGUCCCAUCUGUGCAGCCCUGUUGAUUAACCUCUUCUUCCUUUUAAACAUUGUGAGAGUGUUGAUCACUAAGCUGAAGGUGACCCACCAGGCAGAAUCCAGUCUGUACAUGAGGACCGUCAGGGCCACCUUAAUCCUGGUACCUCUGCUGGGAAUUCAGUACUUACUGCUGCCCUACAAACCCGACGGACGGCUUGCCUCUGAGAUAUUUAUGCACACAAUGAGCAUACUUAUGCAUUACCAGGGUCUUUUGGUUGCCACUAUAUUUUGCUUUUUCAAUAGCGAGGUGCAAAGUGUAUUACGAAGACACUGGAACCAGUACCGCAUCCAGUUUGGCAGCACAUUUGCGAACAAUGAGGCCCUGCGUUCUGCAUCCUACACGGCCUCCUCCAUGACGGAGGUCCAUCGAUGUUACAGCAUCGACAGCCACAUGGACACUUUAAACGGCAAGAGUUUUCACAAUCUGGAGACCACCAUUCUCCGAUCAGACAGCCUGUACAUGUGAGAGACUCUAACUCUUUGACCUUUGGGAGAACAGCCUCAUGGAGAGGACCACUGACUGAGAUGCGUGUAAGAAGAGGCCUACUGGACAUACAUCUGGUUAUUUUGGACUACAGACACCCAGAAGCCUUUCCUUUUCCAUUGAGGCCUUAGUUAUCUCAUGUUUAUGGAUGGGAACUGGAGAAAAUAAUGUAUUUUAUGUGGAAUAUUGAAGUCACGUGAUCCUCUUCCGUGAUGAUCCAUUGGAACACUUUGGAGAACAUCACACAUUGUAAUUCUUUCCGAUUUCUUUGAUUGAAAUGGAGGUGAAAUGGAGGUGUUUUAUGGGUGAAACUAUGAACUGAGGAUCACACCCUAAUGAAGCUUUUUUCUUUAUGGCACUGUGUUGUUUAAGUUAAGUUUAAGCCACACUGAUGCAGUGGAUGAUGGAUUCCACAUCUGUAAAUCUAUGGAUUAUUCUGGCUCAAAGAAUCUGUUGUAGAAGAAAGAAAUAAACAAUGGAAGAGAGAUGAAAUCACUAGAACCUGAUUCCAGAAGAUACUGAUGACCUUGUCCUGCUCUUUUUGUUCAUCCUGAACAUUAUCUUGUUAUUAGUUAUGUGAUUAAUUUUAUGUGAAAUUUUUAUCCACAUACAGGGCAUUAUUGACAAUAUAUUCUAUGUAUGCAAAAUGUUUUAUUAUCUCAUAUGUCAACAUACAUUUCCCUGCUAAAAGACUAGCAGAUAAUGGAUAAAUUAGAAUAAACCGGUCUGGACUAGCAUGUAAAUUCCUGCUGGUCUUUUCAUCAGGGAUAUUUUAUUGACUUCUUAUUCAUCGAAAUGUCUUAAACUAAUUUAUCUGUAGUUCAUAUGAAUCUCAGUAUAGGUGAAUCUUGUUGUUCAAGGGCAAGUUACAUUAGCACAUGUGGGUUUACAGAUUUUGGAGAUCUACAGAUCUACAAACCGAGAUGAGGUCUCUAUGUGUCUCUAUGUCUGGAACAUACAGAUGCGUUUGGCGCUUUUGUCAUUGUUGUGUUUCAUAAAACAUUUUAUGUGCACAUGCUGGAUAAAUAAACAUUCAUUUUUUGAGACGUAAA